AAAAAAAAAAAGGUACAUUGGGAUACCAAUCAGUAAUUUCGUCUGUUCGUUGUUUUUCGGUAUUAAUAGUUGAUUACACAGGGAAAGUUUUCUUGUUUAAUGAAUCGAGAAAUUCAGUUUAAAAAAGAAACUAAUUUUAAGAUUGUGCAAACCGACGGGUAGAAACAUCAAGGAAGUUCGGCUCGAUAACAAUCCAAUGCCAGGAUGACGACGGCUUGUGUUGGACAAUAAUUUAAUGAUUGGUGUCCCUGUUUAUCACUUCGAUGGAAUCUAUCAUUCACUGAACACAACGCACAAUGUUUGAAGGAAAACAUAUUCAUUUCAGUCCUAUUGACCAGAAACCACUAUGCUCUUUCUCAUCCAAACUUUGUCGGCAAAGGCGGCUUAAUGGCUUUGCUUUCUGCAUCAGACAUAUUCUUGAAGAUUCUUCAGCUCCAUUCCGAGUUUGCUCAUUUGUGGCAUCCUCUGGUCAAAACAAAUGUACUAAUGUCAUUUCAAUUGCUCAUCCAAAAGGGCUAUGCAAUACCCAUCUCCAAUUAGCUGGUUUUCCUGCAGCUAAAAGAGACCGUAGGCAGCCAAAGAAAGAAAAUGGUCAAAAUUCUUCUGCAUCAUCACCAAAUGAGAAAAUGAGUAACCAAUCCAAUGAACCAACAUCAUCAUCUAUGGAGAUGAGUGAUGGGGAUCCAUACACAUUCAGUGAUGACACUGAACUUGCUACAAAACCAGACCAAAUUCUCUCUGAGAACCACCAAAAGCCCUCAGAUAUAAGCAGCCCCCCUCAUAAUAGCUCUUUGGCUAUUGAACCUUUGACUCCCAGCAGUACAAGCAGUAGUAGUGUUGAUAGUAACACUGAAAUUAAUGUCUGCAAAAGUUUAGCCCCAAUACCACACCUGGUUAAUAAUGGCAUCAAAGCCAACCCUCGCACGAAAUCUGAUGCCAAAACGAAAUCUGUUGCGAUAUCGAGAAAGAAGAAAGCCUUGGCUGCUGCUGUCGCAUCGAAACCAUCAACAGGAACUUAUCGACUUCCAGCUGUUCUACAGCAGCUCGAGGAUUCAAUCCACGGGAACAAAGCCCAAUACCUCUUGCCUAAAAUGAUUGAUGAAUCGGAUGACGAAGAAAUUUCUUCCUUUGGUGGAGGUCUAUCUCGAUAUGUCUCUGUUAUUCCACUUCGUUCCACAACAGAUAGUCCUCGAGCGUUCAAGCUAGAGCGAAGCAAAAGAGAAUUUCGUCAUAGAUAUCUCCAGUUAGCCCAAAUGAUCAAUGCAGAAGAUAAGUUUCGUGGCUUGCAUCAGUCGACGGUAGCCAAUAAGCUCGUUGAAGCAGCUCGCCGCUGUCCAAACGAGACUGGUAUGUUGCUGCAAGGUCGCCACCCCGCCAGCUCUUCGAAUGGAUUGAGCCCUUCCAGUAUAAAGAUCUUCUCCAAACGUAGAUGCAGCUUUCGUCGCGCUAGUUCUACCAACGGCGCAAAAGACGCUGGUUGUCCAGAAUUAUGUUUGCCCUGCUCCACGCUGUGCAAUAGACACAUUCUUUAUAGCGUUGAUCAACAAUUAUUUGAAUUCUGCUCUGCCCGUGGGACAGCAGGUUCGACACCUUGCGGUGCCCCAGUUCUAGCUAUUCAUUCGGGUCUACCGUAUUGCCCAGCACAUGCUGAACAAGUUGACGGAAUAGGCAACAAUUUGUCAGUUUCAGCUAAUGCUCCUAAGACUCUCGAGGGUCCAGACCUAUCGGGUAACAAUGGAGGAGGACAUCAAGGAAGUUUGUCUAGCAAAUCCAAUCGAAGGAAGGCACGUGCCCGCUCUACCUCGUCUUUGGGACGCCAUUCCCGACGACUUCGUAACCGACGCCGAGCCAAGCGUAUUGGAUCUAGUGGAGGGAGCGAAACUCGCAUCCAUUGCAUCGAAGCAGCGGACAAUGGAAUGGAGCUCGAUGUGGAAACGGUCGACAGUCCUGAAAACUGUUCACCAGCGUAUCCAACACCUGCCCAGUUGAUACCCCAUACUAUACAACCGCUUAGUAACCCUCUGCCGACAUCCGUCGAUCACGAAGUAGAGAUUUUAGAAGAUCACGACUUGAAAGAGUUGCUCAACCGUCUGCCUGACGAAGCCUUUCAGGAGAUAUUCGCCAUGACACAAGCUGCUGCCUCUUCAUCGCGUAAUGGAGGUUUGUUCGUGCCAAUGCCAAGCCGCGAAGAAGCUGAAGAGUUAGAGCGCGUUCUGGCUGUAGCCGAAAGUGCAACAAUGGGAGGUGUAGGGCACACAGAGUCUGACCUUAGUGACCUGUCCUUAAUUGACGACCACACUUUGGCUUUGGCUCAUGACCUCAUUACGUUGGGUGCCGGAGCGUCGGGUCAAAGUUUGUUAAUGGGUAACGAAGUCGUUCCCGGUUCUAACCAUCUCUACAUGGACAAUCUCAGUAUUCCUCACCAAACAAUCCAUCCAGAUACUUUUACAACGGAAGAAUCUUUUUCUUCUUCCCCCAUGCUGUCCAGAAGAAAAAGUCUAUCAAUGAUCCCUGGUGGACAGCAAGCCAGUCCUGCCAGAGGCUCUAGCCCACCAAGUCUGAAUCAGCAUCAUCAUGAUAGCAGUUUCAUCGAAGAUAGAGAAGGCGCUGCUGCACAUCCAUUGUAACGAAUAACAAAGGAAAGAUUAUGGUAGCAAUCUAGGUGUUGCCUAUUGUGGCUCUUCCUAGUCCUCUAUUGCUACCCUUCCAAAGUGAAUAGUUCGCUGUCCUACUUUACCUGUAACGUCUUAAACAACUUAAUUCAACGAAGCAAGGUACAGAAAAGGGCAAAAAGAAAAACGAUCCAGAAACCACCCUACCUUGAUAUUCUCUUCGCCUGUACGAGCCCUUUGUGUAGUAGAUGACAUGCUAAUGUAGCUGCACUACGGGUACUUUUUCUUCGACUCUGUUCACUACAUUCACAUGUUUAUUUUCUCCUUUUGAGUUUUUUUGCCCCUUUUCGUGUUACCUAUUCCCGUCUACCCCCACCUGACGUUUAUAUAUUUGUAUUGCUGUGCACCUUUGUCAUUAGUCUUGUGCAGUUGGUUCUCUCUGAGCUAUGUGAUAUUUAUUUGCCGCAAGAUCCAGAAAACGCCGCUGUGUUUUGUGGAUUCUCUUUUAAUUUUUCACGUGAAAACAUGGAACAAAAGAUCCCAAACACUCGAAAGGUGAAAAAAAAAAAGAAAUAAAGGACAAGGAACGGAGAAGUCGAAUGGCUCGCUGGAAUGGACCAGGGGAAAUUCACCUAACAUAUUUAUCACUCUCUCUACCUGUAUCUAUUCUAUCUGCAUUGAAAAUCCUGUCAAGCGCUGCGCCGCAAUCAGUGUCACUUGGUGGAUGUUCAGUUGUUCAUGUUAACACGUAACAGAUAUUUUCCAAGUCAUAGUAGUAAGCCGAUCCGAGAUUGAGCUUGGAUGGCAUCAAGAAUGCAAGUUGAGCACUUGGGACUGCAUUACUUUUUUGUUUGUUUGUGUGUUUUUUUUUACAAUGCCAAUCCUACGGAAAACUUAAGUCUGUCAUUGGAUUCUUCAGAUGUUCGUCGUAUACCCUGUGCGUGUUGCGUCGCCAACCUACGAUUGUUCGUUCACGUCUUGUGUACAGAAAUGCGAAUACAAAUGGUGAUGUUCUCUUAA